AUGACAGAGUCCGGCGAUGAGGCAUCCGACUAUGUUGUCGCCACCCCCCCAGGUCCUCAUCUCCGUGCCAAUUCCUCCAUCAAGCCGGGACCAGUGGAAGGCGUAGUCCAGAAGAUCAAAACAUGGCUGGCCCCAACCGACACAACAUCCCCCGCCAGUGAAUACCGCAAACAUCUCAACUCCCACGUGUCUAGCACCGGGGAUUGGAUCCUCAACACCCAGCAGUAUCAUCGCUGGAGUGAGACCGAUGCGAUCGGCGACCUCUGGAUCCGAGGCAUCCCGGGAAGCGGAAAGUCGGUGGUCGCCGCCACCAUGGUUCGGAGGCUACAGCAACGGGGAGACGCCCCGGUUCUGUUCUUCUUCUUUCGCGAGAGCACCGAGGAUAAUCAAACUCCCCACUCCCUCUUGAAAGACUUCUGCCACGGUCUGAUCGACCACUCGCCUCUGUUGCAGUCCACGCUCGAGACCUUGAGGCAGGAGACCCCUGAUGGGGAGACGGCUUUGUUCAACAAGCUGUGGUAG